GAACAACGCGCGCGAAACUUGAUUCACACACACUUUACUUUGUUCCCCUCCGGUUCAACUCCGAAAGGUCAAGUUUGAACGACGAACUUUCCCGCCUGUGACAAAGGCACUUUGGCUAACAUCGCGGGGGUAAGGCGGCGAGCACUUGUCCAUCCCAGGACUCGUUGUAAACUUCAGCUGACAAAUACGCCCACCAGGACGAGAUAGUUAUGGGAGCAAAUUUCGAUUUCCACCCAGGCCGUGAUCCUAAUCAAGGCGAUCACAGCAAAGAGCUGCACGCGGAAUUCUCUCCCUCGCGUGGAACUGCAGAAGAUACCAGACGUCACGGAUCCGUCAGUAACUUCGGUGCAGGUGGUCAAAGACAUUACCGGCGCAGAAUGGUUGGCCAAGCUUCCGUUUCCACUGAAACUACCCUCAAGUUUACAGAGGGUGGUCUUGGACCGCAUAGAGGUGCAAUUCUGUAUGGUCAUCACGACAUUGUCGGGUCGAUUAGUCCAGAGCAACCAAAUCAGAGGCGGUUUCCACGAAUGAUGCAACAAGGUCAAACUUUCGUUGGCAUGGCACUUCCGCCUGCUGACCCAGCCCCAGAACCACCUCCAGCUGACCCAUACCCUUGGGCUGACCAUUUUCUUGAUCACUCUGGUAAGAUGUCCAACAGAGGCAAGGAUGAUUGUGAGGGCGAGAACAUAUAUUUUGGCGGACAAAAAAGGCAUUCCGACCGCGAUCCAUCUGAUACAAGCCAUUUGUUUACAAAUCCAGACUCACCGUCGCCGGAGCAGCCAAGCAAGGAACAGCGAUGGAAGAGGGGGAUGGCCAUUGGUCGAUUCUCACCGAUGCUUCGACCCGAUGUUGCACUGCCCACCGGCGUUGUUCCAGCUCUAGCCGAAACAAGUGAUUCAGUCAAUGGACGCGAUGAUAACACUGGCUUCGGAAGACGUUCUGUUGGAGUCAGAGUUUUACCGGAAGGAAUCUAUGCAGGGACAAAGUCUGACCCAAGGAACGCCGAGAUGAUUGGUAAGAAAAUGAGUUAUCCGCAAAUGACCACGAACACGUUUGAAUCCGUAGGCAUGACUCCGAAAGCGCUUGGUGUGAUUGAUGAUAGGGUACAGUCCGUUAAGUUUCAACCGACGCAUUAUGCCGGGGGCAUGCCUGUUCCGGGAAAGAGAGGAUUGGUUGGGCCACGGAAGAAAGCAUACCCAAACAUGACAAAGAACACCUUUGACUCUGUCGGUAUAACGCCAAAAGCAUUAGGUGUACCCGAUGACGUGGACUGUAUUCGGCCAAGUAUGCCAAACAAUAUGGCUGGCGCUUCCACUGAUUUUCUCGCGUGUCAUCGUGUGGCAAAGAAGCCAGGAUACUUCAGUCAUGCUGCCAAGUCACAAAACACCUUCGAGUCUGUGGGGAGGGCUAUGGUACUGCUUGAUGAGAGCGGCAGUCCACUUGGCGAACCUAAGCAUGAAAAAUACAUCGAGAACAACUCCCGAAGUGGCAGAUACAGUUGAGCUGUAAUAUCUACAUACCUUCAGACGAUUGCGUUCUUCGUCGCAUUCUGAAAAGCAGGCGUCUUACAGAGAAAUGAAUGACUCGGUCGUUGUCUUUUCUAAGUUGUGUCUAUCUGUAGGUAUCCCUGUUCACACAUACAUAUAUAUUGAGCUAGUGUGAAAUAUCAGAAUCGAACUACUUGAACGUCAGUUGUGUCCGUUGGUUUGGGGUACAUUGCACAACGCGCAUUUCACUUCUUCGGGUCAUGGCCUAGCUGGCUUUACUUUAUCAGACGAACAGGUAACUUAGAAGUCUACGGAGUAUCUGGAAGGAGAGAACUGCAACUCAGGCAUUUUGCGAGUACACUGUGAUAUUUUUAUUUCUU